CUCCCGAUGAUUAUGUCUUAGUCAAAAAAAGUCACUGACCCUGGCGGGUCUCUCAGCUCCCUCUCUCUGUCCAACAGGGAAGUGAGAGGAUGGAGCCUCUCUAUCAGACUGGAUCCAUUCUCAUGAAGCUGAAUACCUUGCAAGGGAAGAAAAUGGUGGAGAGUGGCCUCCAGUCUGGAGACUUUUCUCUCUCCCAGUCGUGGCCUUCUUGCCUCCCACCCCCAGCCGAACUGGAGAUCUUGCAGCAGAAGGUGGCCGGGGUGCAACGCGAGCUGGAGGACUUUAAGAAGGAGGUAUUGAAGUCUAUCCAUUACCUGGAAGAUGCCUUCUGCCAGAUGAAUGGCACCCUGGCUCAGCAAGAGGAGCAGGCAGCCCGCGUGAAGCAGCGGCUGAGGGAGGAGGAGGACCGAGGCAUCGUGCGGAACAAGGUCCUCACCUUCCUGCUGCCUCGCGAGAAGCAGCUCCGGGAGCACUGCAGGCGGCUGGAGUGCAUGCUGCUGAGCCGGGACUAUGACACUCUGGGCACCGCCAGGAAGAGCCAGGAGAACUGAACCCUAGGCGAACCAAGUAGAAGAUAUUUUCAAAUGGAAAGAAGUCCUAAGCCCUACUCUCUUGCUUCCCUGUCCCCAUUUCUAUUGCUUUCCUUCUACCAAAAUAACACCUUGCCAAGAGGCA